CAUCUUCCUCAUUCUGUCAUCAUUUGAUUUUUGGAAAUUACAACUUAUAUUUUUAAACGACUUUAGAGAGCUACAAAAAAUUAAUACAAUUGUGCUCUCUUCUUGAACGAACGUAACCCGAACAAACAAGCAACUUCUGGACUGAAAAAAAACGACAUUUUACAUGUAAAGAUGACUAGUGUCUUCAUGAAGAUUCUGCUUUACACAGUGGACACCUAGUAUAGUUAUCUCCCGUUCAACAUACGGGCAUCUGACUCAAAACCAAUUAUAUAAAGGCAGAUACUAAGUCGAAAUUGUUUGAAUUGGAAUAUAUCAAUAUCAUAAUGUGAAUAGGAGAGAAUACACCAUCUUUUUCGUCAAUUUUUGAAUGCUGAUGAAUAAAGCUCUGUUACCUGUUACAUAUUCUGUAAAUUCGCCUCUGUUAGACGCACAACCAAAUUGUGUAACUUUGGAUUUGAUCAUAAUUAUCAUUAUUACAAGUGCAUACUUGUACACCACUACUAGUACGUAUUAAAAUCCUCUUACCAUUUGUCAGAAUGGGAAAUGAUAAUUCUACUGUUAUAUAUACGAAUAUUUACCAGGAUCCGUACGACACGCUACCGCUCGUACUAACUCUUAUAUCAGCACCGUUAUCGAUAGUUGGAGCGUUGUUUAUCUUCAUUACAUUUAGUUUGGCCGAUGAGGCAAGGAACGAGACAAGAAAGUUACUAGUAUGUUUAACUAUAGCUGAUUUCAUCAUGGCGAUAAGUUCCACUGUUGGAAACGUCCGGUACGCCGUAAAAUAUGGAAAAUCAGAAAUAAUAGAAAUAGCCUGCCCUAGUACAGAAUGUGAUUACCUUUGUCUGAUUCAUGGCAGUGUCCAGACUUGGGCAAACUUAUGUUCAUUUUUCUGGACUACAAUCAUAGCAUUUCAUUUGCUAACGAGUGUUGUUUUCAAAACGAGAGAACAUUAUUUCACUUUGAGGCUCUGUGUUCAUGGUGUAGCAUGGGGAGUGCCUCUUGUUAUAGUAAUACUAGCAAUGCUCCAUGGUGUUAUAGGUGAGGACUACAGGGUGGGCAGUGGUCUGUGGUGCUGGAUCUCAGCAUGCCUUACUCCUGCAGAACAGUUUUUCUGGAUGAUGGUGACGGGGAAAGGCUGGGAACUACUCAUGUACCUUCUAACUGGAGCUUCGUAUAUUCUUUUAAAGGGGUAUAUGAUACAGAAGAGAAAAGAACGAAAACAAGCUCGGUUGAGUUUUGUGGAUUUAUCUGACAACCUCAGACCAUCAGAUGAGAAUUAUUUGACACUGUGGCUAAUAAUCUAUGUUCUGCGGAUUUGGGGAACAAUUAGAUUUGGUGUUGCAAUGUAUAAACAUCAUACCAAAGACCAACUCGAAAAUUAUACAAAGUUCGACAAAAUAUUUUUCUAUAUUCAGUGUUUCGGGGAUUCUUCACAGGCUUUCUUCUCAUGUAUUUUAUUUUGCCUUUUAGACCCUGUUAUUCGCAAUUCAUUGCUGACCUAUCGUCGUCGACAAAGUUACCACAGACUUGAUUCAGUUGUUGCUUGAAUGUUGUGAAUGUGUUACUGGUUUAUAAAAGAGGGACGAAAGAUACCAAAGGGACAGUCAAACUGAUAAAUCUUAAACAGACUGACAACGUCAUGGCUAAAAAUGAAAAAAAGGCAAACAGACAAACAAUAGUACAAAUGACACAACAUAGAAAACCAAAGAAUAAACAACACGAACCCCACCAAAAACUAGGGGUGAUCUCAGGUGCUCCGGGAGGGUAAGCAGAUCCUGCUCCACAUGUGGCACCCGUCGUGUUGCUUAUGUGAUAUCAAAUCCGGUAAAUAGUCUACUUGUGAAAUCUAUGUAAUAGUUUAUUUGCAUAUUAUUUUUGUGGCACAAUAACUACUAACUGUAAUAUAGUUUUUUGGUAGUUGGCACCUGCUUAAUUAGUACUGAUGGUAAAUGACAAAGCACAUUGUUGACAUCGAUCGGCAAUCCUCGGGUCAAUCCGCUACGCUCGAAGGUACGGAAUCGGCCGAGUGGACACGAAUGGGUUGAUGUUUACCCGAAUAAUUCAGUCCCUCCUCGUACUCCAUCUCCCCUUCUUGCGGGGUUAAUGUAGUAAUCGUAGAUAAGCGGACUGAAUUAUUCGGGUUAGGUUGAUGUAUGAUUGUAGCACAGAAGACUGUGAAUAUUCAUAAAAGAUUGCCUAUGUUACUUUACAUUUCAAUGAUUCUUUUUUAUAAUUUUUCAUGAAUGAGCUGAAUACUUAAGUUUAAUAACAUCUUCAAAUAGGAGGGUCACAUUUGUAAAUAACAUUUAUAGAAAUAAAAAUUAGUGUAAUAGUUCGAUAUUUAUAAACUGUCCAUAGUUAUAGUCACUUUUUAAACUCCGCUGUAACCAUAAUUUAAACUGUUGAUGACAUCGCAAUAGUAGAUUUCCGGAAGUUGACUGACCCUGAUCAGAUAAUCGCAGAAUUAGGAGUUGAUGUAAUGGUGCUUGAAAAAAUGUUUUCACCUUUCUUUCUUUUAUUACAGUGAAAUAAUUUGACAAGAAAUGCCUGCAGUGUUUUCCUCAAUUUCGCGCUCAUUAUAAAAUAGACAAUGAAAUUUACAGAAAAUCCGAACUGCCAACUUAAUAUCAUCAAAGAGUCACAUAGCUGGUCUAGAGAAUGACUGAAUGGCAAUAAUCCUGAUUGGUUGAUAGUCCAUAAGUAAUUAAGCACUUCAGACAGUAUAAAUACCGUCGAUAUAAAAACCACUAUGAAAGCAGACCGGCGAACCUUUGCUUGGGCCUUUGGGUUCUGAAUCUUCAUACUGUU